UGUUGUUUAAAUAGAUUUAUCAAAUGAGAUGUUAUGUAAGUCUCGGUCACAACACUUAUCUUCAACAACAACAGGUAGUGAUGGUUGUGGUGGUAGUGGUGUCGGUGUGGAUGAUAAUCACCACAACAACAACUACAACAACGACAACAAGUGUUGCAAUAUUGUUGUCGACGAGAUAAUAGCCAGAGAUGGCGACCAACCGAUUGCUGUCCAGCAUAUUGUGGUCACCAAUAGUAUUAUUAACCAUAAGAAUAGGUCGCCGACGCCGACAACUGAUGAUAACAACAAACGAAAACAUAAGACUAGACUCCGAUUGUUUGGUAAGUCUAGAGAAGAGCUUAAUAUGGAUGUCGAGGACAGCCAUCAUCACCACAACAACAACAACAACCGAUCCACUGGUGUUAGGUGUAGUCCACGACAACAAAGCCAAACAAAGACAACCAAUACACCAGCAGAAGCAGCGGCAGCGGUGAUGGUAGACAUACCGGUGCUGUCCAUAAGCAACAGUACUGGUGGUGGUUGUGGUAGUGGUUUAGUCGAUGACAAUAGUAUGUUGUCGUCGGCAAAAAAGGACAGUAUGUUAGCUAACAAUGCCAUAGAUUUGUGCCAACAAACACAACAACCGGACACUACUACUACUACUACUACUACUACUACCACUACAACAACUACCGGAGCCAAAGAUAUGGACGGCGGCGGCGGCGGACUAAUCAUCGAUGGCACCGAUGAUGAUGAUGACCAACAAUGUGCCGGCGGUGAAACUGGUGGUAGUGGAGGUGGUGGGGGUGGUGGCGGUGCUAGCAGUCCUACCCUAUAUUUGACGCACACUAGCGACUGGUCAGUCAGCUAUAAAGGUAUACUAUUGCCAAAAUUAACCAACGAUUUCAAGGACAGUCAUCUGGAGGCAGCCUACCAGCGCUACUCCCAUCGACAGCGACAAAAAUCGUUGAUCAUUUUGAACAUCAUUGAUAUACUACUCAAGAUAAGCCUAUUAAUCAUUUACGCUAUCAGUGAUACUACCAGUGCUGCUGAUGAUGAUACUAAUACUACUACCGGUGCUCUAACUACCAGUGCCACAGAUACUACUAUAACUACUACUACUACUACCGGGUCGUUGUCAUCAUCAUCAUCAGUAUCGUCAGCAUCGGAUGCUUCUCAUAAUAGACUAAAAUAUCGUAUACUAUAUAACAUUCCCUGGUUUGUCAUCAAUGUAUCAUUAAUUAUCGUAAUAACUGUUUGGAAACGGUUUGCCAACAAUUAUCUACAUUUAGCCGCUAUUUUUACGUGGAUUAUAUUUAACAUACAGGGCCAAAUCGGUUUCGGUAUUGAGCUCCGGGAGGAACGGCUGGAGAUGUCGGUAGCCGGUGGGGCCGUCUGGCACAUCAUAUUCAUUGUCUAUGUUACCUAUGCUAUGAUGCCGUUACCGAUGCGCUGGUGUAUCAUCUGCGGUGCCAUCAGUUCACUGAUUGAUCUCAUUUUGGAGACAUCUCUCAAUAAUAAUAAUAAUAAUAAUAUGACAGCCAAUGCCUUAUUGUAUUUAUGUAUAAAUUUGGUCAGUCUUUACACAAAAUAUCUGACAGAUUGUGCCCAAAGAAACGCAUUUCUGGAAACUAGACGUUCAAUAGAAACCAGAUAUAAGACGGAAAAGGAAAACGGAAAACAGGAGCGCCUAUUGUUAUCACUAUUGCCCCGAUUUGUGGCAAUGGAGAUAAUCAGCGAUUUGGCCAAAGAGGAUGAACAACACAAUCACCACAACAGGUCCAUACUGUCCACACAGUUUCAUAAAAUUUACAUACAUUGCUAUGAUAAUGUCAGUAUACUGUUUGCUGAUAUACAAGGCUUUACGGCACUGGCCUCCCGGUGCUCAGCACAGGAAUUGGUCAAAGUAUUGAACGAUUUGUUUGCCAGAUUUGAUAAGCUCGCACAGGAUAAUAACUGUCACCGAAUCAAACUAUUGGGCGACUGUUACUAUUGUGUGUGCGGUUUACCCGAAGCCCGGGCCGAUCACGCGGCCUGUUGUGUGGAAAUGGGUCUUCACAUGAUUCAGGCCAUCAAGAGAGUUCGCCAAAAAACAGGCGUUGAUCUCAAUAUGAGGAUUGGCAUACACUCGGGCUCAGUGUUGUGUGGAGUAAUAGGCCUACGAAAAUGGCAGUUUGAUGUCUGGUCCAAUGAUGUAACAUUGGCCAACCAUAUGGAAUCGGGUGGACUACCAGGUCGGGUACACAUAUCACGGGCAACACUAGACUAUCUGAACGGCCUGUACGAGACAGAGCCGGGCAAUGGAGAUGAAAGGGAUGCAUACCUGCGCCUAAACGGUGUCGACACAUAUCUAAUUAAAAAGACUAAGCCGUCAAACAUUGUUAAAACCUAUUCAUGUAGACAAACAACAAAUAUAGCAAACAUAACACCAAACAGACAACAACUAUACCAGAAUCGACAGCAAAAAAACAUUGAAUCAAAUAAUAUUGUCGUCAAAAGUAAUAAUAAUAAUAAUAAUGAAGAAAAAAAAGACGAUAUAAUUACUGAUAAAUCUGUUGCCAAUGUUGUUGUUGUCGACAACAAUAGACAACUACUGAAGACAACGACCGAUAAUAUGAUGGUUAAGAUGAAGAAUAAUAAGGACGUCAUUGUCGCUGACGAUGACGACAACAAUGGUAUUGUUAGCCAUCGACUAAACAAUACUAACGAUUCAAUCAGUAAUAAUACAAAUAAUACUAAUAUUGAUGACAAUACUACUACUACUACUGGUGCUGCAGAAACUAACUGUCCUUCAAAAACCAUUGACAACAAUGACAACAACAACCAACUUCGCCAGCAUUUAAGCUCAUUUAGUUCAAUGAGCUGCGAGACGGCUGGAGGUGACGAUGGACUACCCGUAGCGGAACCGUUAGAUUGGGAACCGGAGAUACCGUUUGAAAAUUUGAAUGACUUGCGCUACUCAUUAGACGAGGACCCGCUCAACGUUACCGCCAAACUAGCGGACAAAUUAGCGGCCGCGGCGGCGGCCAACAAAAAUGGUGGUCAUAACAAAUCUACGACCAGCAGUGCCGCCGCAGCAGCAGCAGCGGCCGCCGCUACCGCUGCUGCUGCUGCUGCUGCGGCCACACCAUCGGUAGUGGCCGACAACAAACACAACAACACCAGCAAUAAUAACUACCGGGGCGUUACGCCCGAUCCGGUUUCAAGCUAUAUGGAAAAAGAGGAUUCGGCCGGAACCGGUGGUACUGGUGGCCAAUCGGAACAACCGCCCGGUGCUGGUGGUGGUGGUGGACACCUACAGGUGCUGCCCCACCAUCACCAGACAAUGAUGACAGUUAGCCAGCAAAUUGACGACAUGAUUGACCAAUCGAUUGAAAUUGAAUCCAACAAAAAGAUGAUCAAAGAAAAUGUCCGCUGGUUUUCGUUAACGUUUACAUCCAAAGAGCUUGAAAUUAAAUUUCACAAUAUUAAAGAUUUUGUAUUCAAAUCCAAUAUACUAUCGGUUGUUAUGAUUUGGUUGUUCAUUGUUAUCAUACAAUUGGUUAUAUUGCCCAGAUCCAACAUAAUGGCUAUAGCAUUGCCAACUGGCAGUGUAUUACUUGGCGUGACAUUUAUCAUAUCCAUGUCCUCCCAGUAUAUGAAAUGCCCGCAAGUUUUUCAACGAUUAUCCAUACUAUUGGAAGAGAGACGUCCUAUUAGGCACUGUCUAUGUUUGACAAUCAUUGCCAUCAUUUUUCUGACAUCACUGUCGACAAUGUUUGUAUGCGAUCGGACUGUCGGUAAAUUUGUCAACCAAUCGUCAUCAUCAUCAUCAGUAUCAUCAACGGGAGCACAGUUACCAUCACCCGAUAGCUACGAGUGCUAUUAUCCACAGUAUUUUGUAUUU